GGAACCUAGGGAAGGGCAAAAGAAAGCGAAUGUUCUGUUGUGCGCAGGCGCAAGGCUGGGCACUCCCCCGGGAGUGAGGGCUGCUGGGCCCGAUGACGUGGCCUGGCAACGUCUGCUCCGGUGCGCCUCUGGGGGCCCCGGCGCCGCCGGAACUGCCCGCGGCCUAGUCCCGACGCGCGUGUGCUUGUGAGCCGGAGCCGGGGAGAGCGGCGGCGGCCGAACCUGUGGGGACCCGACGGGGCCGCUGCCAUGGGGGAGUGACGCGCCUGCGCCCGCUGUUCCGCGGCAGCGGCGAGACAUGAGGAAACCCCGCGGCGGGGGCAGCGGCUGCGGCUCCUGAGCCCCGGGAUGGAGGAGAAAUACGGCGGGGACGUGCUAGCCGGCCCCGGCGGCGGCGGCGGCGGCGGUGGCGGCGGCGGCCUCGGGCCGGUGGACGUGCCCAGCGCUCGAUUAACAAAAUAUAUUGUGUUACUAUGUUUCACUAAAUUUUUGAAGGCUGUGGGACUUUUUGAAUCAUAUGAUCUCCUAAAAGCAGUUCACAUUGUUCAGUUCAUUUUUAUAUUAAAACUUGGGACUGCAUUUUUUAUGGUUUUGUUUCAAAAGCCAUUUUCUUCUGGGAAAAGUAUUACCAAACACCAGUGGAUCAAAAUAUUUAAACAUGCAGUUGCUGGGUGUAUCAUUUCACUCUUGUGGUUUUUUGGCCUCACUCUUUGUGGACCACUAAGGACUUUGCUGCUAUUUGAACACAGUGAUAUUGUUGUCAUCUCACUACUCAGUGUUUUAUUCACUAGUUCUGGAGGAGGACCAGCAAAGACAAGAGGGGCUGCUUUUUUCAUUAUUGCUGUGAUCUGCCUAUUGCUUUUCGACAAUGAUGAUCUCAUGGCUAAAAUGGCUGAACACCCUGAAGGACAUCAUGACAGUGCUCUAACUCACAUGCUUUACACAGCCAUUGCCUUCUUAGGUGUGGCAGAUCACAAGGGUGGAGUAUUGUUGCUAGUACUGGCUUUGUGUUGUAAAGUUGGUUUUCAUACAGCUUCCAGAAAACUCUCUAUAGAUGUUGGUGGAUCCAAACGUCUUCAAGCUUUAUCCCAUCUUGUUUCUGUGCUUCUCUUGUGCCCAUGGGUCAUUGUUCUUUCUGUGACAACUGAGAGUAAAGUCGAGUCUUGGUUUUCCCUCAUUAUGCCUUUCACAACAGUUAUCUUUUUUGUCAUGAUCCUGGAUUUCUAUGUCGAUUCCAUUUGUUCAGUCAAAAUGGAAGUUUCCAAAUGUGCCCGCUAUGGAUCCUUUCCCAUAUUUAUUAGUGCUCUACUUUUUGGAAAUUUUUGGACACAUCCAAUAACAGACCAGCUUCGAGCUAUGAACAAAGCAGCACACCAGGAAAGCACUGAACAUGUCCUUUCUGGAGGAGUGGUAGUGAGCGCUAUAUUCUUCAUUUUGUCUGCCAACAUCUUGUCAUCUCCUUCCAAGAGAGGACAGAAAGGCACCCUAAUUGGAUAUUCUCCUGAAGGAACACCUCUUUAUAACUUCAUGGGUGAUGCUUUCCAGCAUAGCUCCCAGUCAAUCCCCAGGUUUAUUAAGGAAUCACUAAAACAGAUUCUUGAGGAGAAUGACUCUAGGCAGAUCUUUUACUUCUUGUGCUUGAAUCUGCUGUUUACCUUUGUGGAAUUAUUCUAUGGCGUGUUGACCAAUAGUUUAGGUCUGAUCUCAGAUGGAUUUCACAUGCUGUUUGAUUGCUCUGCUUUGGUCAUGGGGCUUUUUGCGGCCCUGAUGAGUAGAUGGAAAGCAACUCGGAUUUUCUCCUAUGGGUAUGGCCGAAUAGAAAUUCUCUCUGGAUUUAUUAAUGGACUUUUUCUAAUGGUAAUAGCUUUUUUUGUGUUUAUGGAGUCAGUGGCUAGAUUAAUUGAUCCUCCGGAAUUAGACACACACAUGUUAACACCAGUCUCAGUUGGAGGGCUGAUAGUAAACCUUAUUGGUAUCUGUGCCUUUAGCCAUGCCCAUAACCAUAACCAUGGAGCUUCUCAGGGAAGCUGUCAUUCAUCUGAUCACAGUCAUUCCCACCAUAUGCAUGGACACAGUGACCAUGGGCAUGGUCACAGCCACGGAUCUGCAGGCAGAGGCAUGAAUGCUAACAUGAGGGGUGUAUUUCUACAUGUUUUGGCAGACACACUUGGCAGUAUUGGUGUGAUCGUAUCCACAGUUCUUAUAGAGCAGUUUGGAUGGUUCAUUGCUGAUCCCCUCUGUUCACUCUUUAUUGCUGUAUUAAUAUUUCUUAGUGUUGUUCCACUGAUUAAAGAUGCCUGUCAGGUUCUACUUUUGAGACUGCCACCAGAAUACGAAAAAGAACUACAUGUUGCUUUAGAAAAGAUACAGAAAAUAGAAGGAUUAAUAUCAUACCGAGACCCUCAUUUUUGGCGUCAUUCAGCCAGUGUUGUGGCAGGAACAAUUCAUAUACAGGUGACAUCUGAUGUGCUGGAACAAAGAAUAGUACAGCAGGUUACAGGAAUACUUAAAGAUGCUGGAGUAAACAAUUUAACAAUUCAAGUGGAAAAAGAGGCAUACUUUCAACAUAUGUCCGGCCUAAGUACUGGAUUUCAUGAUGUUCUAGCUAUCACAAAACAAAUGGAGUCCAUGAAAUACUACAAAGAUGGUACUUACAUCAUGUGAGAUAACUCGAGAAUUACCUCUGGGGUAUGAACAAUGAAGAUUAAAUUACUCGGUAUUUAUAAUAUUGCCAGAAGGAAGAAAAUUGCACAUAAUUGUACAGAAACAUUUGCUGUAUUUGAAAAAAAUUCUGAAGUUCCCUACUAUUGGAUCAAGGAAUCUUUCUUAAAGGAUAUUUAAAUACAGAAUGAAGCAUUAAUUGUACAAGUAAAAAAAUUACUUGAAUUAUGUGUAUAACAGGAAUCUUAAAAUUUGAGUGAACAUGAUGUAUCACAUCAUCUUUGAAAACGAACAUAUAAUGAUGGAUUCUAGUGAAGACCAAAAUUACUUCUGUGUGUUUACUUUCUGUCAGAAAGCAUCUCCGUUGUAAAUAAUGUAUUUACAUGUUUAUUACAAAGACCCAAAUGAAAAAUUUUUAGUCAAUUUUUUGCAUAGCCCUAGGAUAAAAUAGGAAUUAAAGUUCUAUAUUUAUGGAUUUUCUGUAUAUAAAACUGGUUUCUAAUUAUAACUUAAAUCCAUUAAGUAAAAGCUGUAUUGCCACUUUAAAUGUAAACUAAAUUAUUUGGGAAAAAACAACCACUGAAAUGAGACAAGCAGUGAGAAUAGGGAACUUUAACAUUAUUGAUGUAUUACAAAAACCAACCACUCUGUAAAAUAAAUUUUUUUACUUUUGGUAA